CCGCCUUUGACGGUUUGCAUCUACUCGGCUUCAUCCGAUUGGCGAUUGGUGUGUCCUAUUUAUCCUCCACUCUUCCCCUCGAGCUCUCCACUAGCUUUCCCCAAUUCCCCUUCUCUCCGGUCCCGGAUUCGGAAGCACACGGCAGAAGCUAAGAUUAGGGACUAUGGGGCAGAAGCACCUUUUGUUGCUGGCUUGUUUCUGGGUCCUGUCAUGUUCCUUGCUACUUCAUGCUUCCUCCGAUGGACUGUUAAGAAUCAACCUGAAUAAGAAGAAACUGGACAAGGAAGCUUUGACUGCUGCAAAAUUGGCGAAGGAGAGCCGCCUUCGAAGGUCUGUGGGUGCUGGCCAAUAUCUUGGUGCCUCAACUGAUGACAUAGUUCCUUUGGACAACUACCUGGACACUCAGUACUUUGGAGAGAUUGGUAUUGGCACACCAUCACAGAACUUCACGGUGAUAUUUGACACUGGAAGCUCCAACUUGUGGGUUCCCUCAUCCAAGUGCUACUUUUCGAUAGCAUGCUACUUACACCACAGAUACAAGUCAACCAAGUCGAAGACUUACAAAAAGAAUGGAGAAUCUUGUACAAUCACAUAUGGUUCCGGGCAAAUCGCUGGCUUCUUCAGUGAGGACAAUGUGUUGGUUGGUAACCUUGUUGUGCAAAAUCAGCAAUUUAUUGAGACGACUCGUGAAACCAGCCCUACUUUCAUCAUUGGGAAGUUUGAUGGAAUUCUUGGCCUCGGAUUUCCUGAAAUUUCUGUGGGAGGAGCCCCUCCAAUUUGGCAGAGCAUGAAAGAGCAGAAACUGGUCGCAGAGGAUGUCUUCUCUUUCUGGCUUAAUCGUGACCCUGAUGCAUCUGCUGGAGGCGAGCUUGUCUUUGGUGGUGUUGAUCCAAAACACUACAAGGGGAACCAUACAUAUGUUCCCGUUACUCGCAAAGGCUACUGGCAGUUUGACAUGGGAGAUCUUCUUAUUGGUGGCCACUCGACUGGUUACUGUGCUGGUGGCUGUGCUGCUAUUGUGGACUCAGGGACUUCAUUGCUUGCUGGUCCAACAACCAUAGUGGCUCAAGUCAAUCAUGCAAUUGGGGCUGAGGGGAUCAUCAGUACAGAAUGCAAAGAAGUGGUGAGAGAGUAUGGAGAGAUGAUCCUUGAGUUACUCAUAGCACAGACAAGCCCACAGAAAGUGUGCACUCAGAUUGGUCUCUGUGUAUUUGAUGGUGCCCAUUCUCUCAGUAACCCAAUUGAAUCUGUUGUUGAGAAACAAAAUCGUGGUUCUGAUCUUUUCUGUACUGCUUGUGAGAUGGCUGUUGUCUGGAUACAGAACCAACUCCGAGAAAACAAGACAAAAGAGCUCAUUUUGAAUUAUGCUAAUCAGCUCUGUGAGCGUCUCCCGAGCCCCAAUGGCGAAUCAACUGUUGAUUGUGAUCAGAUCUCAGAGAUGCCAAAUCUUGCAUUUACCAUAGCAAACAAGACUUUCACCUUAACACCAGAGCAGUACAUAGUGAAGCUGGAGCAAGCAGGACAAACCAUCUGCAUCAGCGGGUUUAUGGCAUAUGACGUGCCGCCUCCUCGUGGUCCUCUCUGGAUACUUGGUGAUGUUUUCAUGGGUGCCUACCACACUGUUUUUGACUUCGGCGAGAACAGGAUUGGGUUUGCCAAACCUGCCUGAGGACUGGAGUUCUUCGCUUAAGUAACAUGUCCGCUUUGUUAUCCGGUAUUGUACAUAUAUUGCCGACCGGUAUAAGCUGCAAUGCUUAAUACUUUAGUAUAUAUAUUCACGCAGAAACCUAGAGGAUUGUGGCAGGAUAUGUGUUUGCAAAUGAAGCUAUGCUAUGUAUGAAGAUCUGGGACAUGAAAUUUGAUGUAACGAGCACGAAUACAUGAUGAGGAUUAGAGCUUUUAACCUAAUAUCAUCAUGUUAGUUGGUUCUGAUUACUAUGUGGAGGUAUCCUCCAUCUGCGUUAUAGACUGUUUUUGAUAUUGGGUACUUCCUCCGUCCUA